AUGUCCGGGAGGAACGCCAUCACAUUGGAUUACGCGCAGUUUUACUUUAGAGCGGUGCCAAUUAGUGGCCAACAGCAGCAACAACAGCAGCAGCAACAGCACCAGCAGCUCGUGCAGCAGCAAUUGCUAGCCCAGCAGCAGCAGCAACUGCAGAUCCAGCAGCUGCAGCAACAAUUGCUGCUGCAGCGACUCGAGCGCGAGUUGCAGCAGAGUUACUCGUGCCUGCGGCAACGUUGGCUCACCGGCUACGCAGCCCCCCACCAGCAGCAGCAGCAGAUCGCCCAGCAGCAGCAGCUCUUCGCGGCCCAGCAGUUGCAGCUGCAGCACCAGCAACUGCAACACCAACAGCAGCAGCAACAGCAACAGCAGCAGCAGCAGCAACAGUAUAGCUACUACUUCAGUCGCGGCAGCACCAACACCGAUCUGGGUCUGGGACUGGGCCUGGGCUUCGGUCUGGGCAGCGGCAACCUAGCCAGCUGGUACCAUCUGCCGUCCACAUCGGCGCACAUCUAUAUAGGAACUACCAGCAGCAGCGGAACAGCGGGCAGCACUCCCUAUCCGUAUCCGUACCGGAGCGUAGGCGCAUAUUCCGGAGGCGGUUAUCCGGCAGCGGCGCUAAUCAACUUCGAUGCCUCGCCAACGCCGCUGUUAGCCUCAGCGGGAACUUCGCCUGGUUACUUGCCCCCCUUGGCCGUUCCGGCUGCUUUGCCGCCACCACCGCCGGCGCCAAGUGUAGCCACCGACUAUUAUUUCAGCAGCCGGAGCACCCGGACCGUUCCACCACCGGUACCGCCCACUCCGGCGGCCGUUGCAGCGGCAGCAUCAGCGGUCUCCACCUCACCGUUCCGGGAGUACGGGAGCACAGCGGCGGCAGCGGCAGCGGCGGAGGAGCUGCAAGCUGGCUAUCGCUACAAGGCCACGCCCCGCAGGCGGUACGACGCCUACGACAACUACGGCUAUCUGCCGGGCUUUGCCAGCACCACUGAAGACGAGGAGGACCUGCUCGAGGAGUGCCUGCCGCAGGCCCUGCUCUCCACGGACUGCUCGAGUCUCGAGGAACUGCGCUUCUUCCACCUGCAGGAGGAGGAGGACGAGGACGAGGACGACGAGGAGGUGGCCACGCAGCUGGCGCACAUCCUUGACCUGCCGGACUUUCUGCAUCCCUACGGCGGCAGCGGCCGGGACAGCCUGCACAGCCACAAGACGCCGCCGCAACACGAGUACCAAACGGAGCACGGCUCAGCCGCAGCGGGAGGAGCAGGAUCAGCGGGAUCAGCAGUGGGCAGGGGUGGAUCCGAUCUGGGUGGCGGUGGUCAGUCGCAGCGUGUCCUCGAGGACCAGCGAUACCAGCCCUACCAAUACCAGCAGCAGCAACAACAGCAGCAGCAGCAACAGCAGCAGCAGCAUCAUCAUCAUCAACAGCAGCAACAGCGACAGCAGCAACAUCAGUCGCACUACCCGCAGCAACACCAGCAAUUCCAGCCGACGCAGCAGCAACUGCAGCAGCAGUCCUACCACUCCUACCAGUAUCCUUCGCAGGACAGCUGCGAGGGCUUCAAUCAGUUCGCUACCAACGCCGGCAGCUGCCUGGGCAACCAGAGAAUGAUGGUUAGCAAAUUGUGGAACAGCUGCUUCCCGGAGUUCACCCCGGACCAUGUGCACCGCCACAACUUUUACCUGUGCCAGUGGCAGCGCAACACGCAGGUGCGGAUCGUUUACCUGUUCUACCGCUGGAUAACGGCCAUCACCUGCCUGGCGGCCCUGGUCUGCUCCUUGCUGGACAUCGGGCGCACGGACGAGCACUUCGAGCACCACUAUGCCAAGUGGUGGAUCUACCUGACCCACUGGGGACUGCUCUUCUGCACGGUGCAGGCCUGGCUGGCCGCCUGGAUAGUCACCCAGGGAAUGAUGGUGGAGCGCGAGGACUUUGAGAUCGUGCGCCAGGCGAAGAAGAGCCGCCUGCACCACCUGUAUUGGGUGCUCUACACCUGUGCCACUGUCUAUGCCUUCAUUGUCACCAUGUGCUAUUGGCUCCUGGUCCACAAUCCCGAAAUCCACAAGAUCGAUGCGCUAAACAUAAUGGUCCAUGUGCUCAACACGAUUAUAAUGCUCAUCGAUUUGGCCAUAGUGGGUCACCCAAUAAAGAUGAGCCACGCCUACUUUACCACUGGCAUUGGCCUGGCCUACGCCAUAUUCACGGGAAUCUAUUUCUUGGCCGGCGGCACAGACAGGAAAAACCAAACUGCCAUCUACCCGAUGAUGGACUGGACCAAGCCGGGCAAGGCGAUUAUUGUGACGGCCUGCGCCAUAAUCUUUACGUUCUUCGUGCACUUCUGCUGCUACCUCCUCUACCGCGGACGUGUGUGGCUCUUCACCAAGCUGUGCAUCCGAGGACGGCACAACCGCGACGGGGAAAUGGGUGAGGGUCUCAACGAUGACUCCGGAUCCCGCAUGGGCGGCGGUGGGGGAGGUGCAGGCGGCGGUGGAGGAUCGGCAGGAGGCGGUGGAGCAGCUGGUGGCUCGGUGGCUGCCGCUGGCGCUGUGGGCAGCAGCCAGGACUACGCCCAUCAGCAGCAGUACCCCAUUGCCCACACGGAGCAGCCGCGGGCGGGCAGCCACCAACAGCAGCAGCAGCAGCCGCCGGGCAGUUACCAGCUGCCGCCGCAGUAUUCCGGAUAUCUCCAGCAGCCCGUGGUGGCCGGGGUCAAUGUGGGCGUGAUCAGUGCCGAGGGAGUGUACCAGCCCAUUGGCACGGACACCGGACGCACCAGUGGCGGAGGACAAGGCGGAGGAGGAGGCGAUGGCAAGCACAAAUCCUCCUCGGGAUCAACAGCUGGAGCAGGAGCAGGAUCAGGACCAGGUUCGGGAUCCGGUUCCGGAUCGGGCUCGGCCUUGACGCGCACCGUAGCCCACUUGGAGGCGUCGCAACGGGAGCAGUUCCUCAAUCCCAACAAGAUUGUCGAGUACAAGAUGUAAAGGCGUUGCACCCGGCACCGGUAUACGUUCCACUUGUCCAUGAAGUUUCUGGAGAAGCACUGUGCCCAGUGCGAGGCGACGCGGAGCGCCAUCUGCGAGGAGGAGCGCCACUUGGCAUGAGUGGCACAGUGGUUAGUUUUUAGAAUUGCUUUCGGGACUGGUCUAGUCCAGUUCUCGAAUACCUGCCAGGCCAAAUCGAUUGAUCGGGCUCAAAUCAGUAUUGCACUUGGUAUUGUGUUUUUGGCAAAGUAGUUUGUAACCGUAGUUUCGUAAUUUUGUAAAAGCUUUGCCAAUUUUUUAAAUGUGUAGACGCUUUUCCGUGUGCCGAAUGGCAUGCGAACAUAUAGCACGACAAAGGUCUAGAGAAUAUUAGAGAUGUUCCUUUAAGUGAGGGAUUACCGUUGAGUGUAUUCAGGACUCUUUUUGUUUAUGAGGGGUAAUCCUAUCGGCAAGUCGUUCCAAAGGUUUAAAACGUUUUAAUGGACUAAGUUGAACAUGAUAUUUGUAUUAAACAAAUCACCUAUUUUUUUGUUUGGAGCUCAGUUAUCUAAUUAUCGUCUUAAUAACGCGAUUGUGUUCAGAAAAAUUAACACACUAUCUGUCAACAGUUAAUUUCGGCCCAAAUUUAAAUCGAACAAAAGCUGGAGAAAAGAACAAACUGACAUACUGCCUACAAUGAUUUAAGUUAGGAACUUUUUUACAUAGCUAAUUUAACCAUUUAUCCACAGAAUUUAUAUAUAUCGGUGCAGGUGUGAAGCCAGCUCAUGCAUCAACAUCCGAGAGCAGUUGAUUUAAUUGAGAUAAUUCGGGAUCUUAUCGGGCUUUUGGAUUGCUGAGCAUGGGGAUAUGGCAAACUAAAUUGGCAAUUUUUUAAAGGAGCUUAAUGGAGCCGUAAAAGAAGUAGAGCAAACAACAUUAAUUUUAGGACAUGCUUGGCAUUGGUUUGCUUAGUAAUUAGUGAAUUGAUAACAUAAAAUACGUUUCUUUAAAUGAAUAUUUUCCCAGCAAGCUCAAUCGCUGCUAGAAACACUCUAAUAAACAUUAUUCUACAAAGCACGACGUAAUAUAUUACGAAUAACAAUAUCAGAAAUAAAUAUUUUAGCAUACGAUGUUGAAAAGUAUAUUGCAAAACGUUUUACUUUCGACUCGAAAACAAAAUAAGUACCGAAAUUCUUGUACCCUAAACACACUCUGAUGUUUUGCUUUUGUUGGUUUCUGCGACUUGAACAGCUACUUACCACAUACUGAAAACAGUGAUUAGAUUUAUAACCAAACGGAAACCUACAGAAAUAUGUAAAUAGUUGAUUUCGUUUAUGUUGAUCGAUUUCUAUCUAUAUUCAAAUGCAUAGCAAGGAUUCAGGAAUCUGUUGAAGAAAAUGUCAGAUCACGCGAAAAGGUAUAGCCAACUUGAAUAAACGUUCAGAAACAGCAAUGAAAGAUAAAACUAUAAAUCAAAUGCAUUGAAUAAAACUCGUCAAGAGGAAUGUGUUAGCAAGCUAAAGCAAAACAAAAGCAAAUAUAACAAAAUAUUUAAAUAAAUAUACAGAAACGAAUGCAGAGCAAAUAGCAUGCCCUAACUAUACUUACAUUAUUAAAUAUAUGUAAAGCAUAGCAAGGUAAAGUAAACAACCAUUAAUUUUUGAUAGAUUUACAUUAAUUGAACACUUUUUCCCAUACAAACAGAUCAUCCACAGCUAUUCAGGUAUUCUUAUUUCCACAUUAUUUGAACCCAGUUUCUUUUUAGAGGAAUUUUACCAGUUUUGGUUAACGAACUGCAAAAUGUGCAUCAUUUUUGUGUCAGUUUCGCACAUUUUCCCAAUUUGUUUUCCAAAAAUUUAGCAUAAAUGUAUAAAUGAAUGUUUAUAUAGACUGAAUAUUAUUAAAACAAAGAAAAAAUCUAAAAAAAACAUAAAACUAAAAUAACACAUGAAGGACACUGUUAAACCUUUUUGGAAUUGUAAAAAUAAAAAUCAAAAUGCAAUAUUUCAUAUUAGCCACAACAUAAAACAGUAAACACAUAUCAACAAUUAGACAAGAUCAUUCUUAAAAUAAAGAUAUUCAAAUAGACGAAAAUACAAAAGUUUCAAAUAAAACCAAUCAAAGUUGACCUCAUCAAGAACCACACAUAAGCAAUUAAAACUUGCAUAAAGAAAAAUGUAUAAAUGUUAAACAACCAUUAUAAAGUAUGUAUAUGCAGAAUAUAUUUAGCAGAGAAAAAUUCAAAUAUUAUAUUUUGUAGAUUUUUAGUAAAUUAGAAAGUGAACGAUUACGAAACCCAAUGUCAACACACAUGCAUAUGUCUACAAAAUAUGUAUCCAAUAUAUACAUCCCCCAUACCCUUGAAAAUGUAGCUCAGCUCUCUGUACCCAAGUUGAGAAUUAGAGUUGAAGUUGUUGAUUGAACAAAUGAGGAAAUGGAAAAGCUUUAAGAAACCCAAAUGAUUGGAUAAAACUUUUAUACACCGACAUAAAAGUUUAAUUAGGUUGCUCAAAUGAGUUCUUGGCAAGCAGUUGGCUCAACAGAUAGUACACGAAAGGCUCAACAGAAUUCAGUAUUAGCAAAGGCAAUUUGAAGCGAGUAUACAAAGUAAAUCAAAAUGUUAUUAACAAAGCACACCAAAAACAAAAGUUAAAAAACUGCAUGUGUUGACGAAGAAAUAAAAUUUCAAUGUUGUGAAAUUUUAACAAAGAAAAAACAGACAACCAAAUUGUUUACUUCAAAAGUAUUUCUGCGCAUUUAAUCGUAAAACAAUGCUUCAUCAUUUCAACCUAUAAUGAGUCGAAGUUUUGCUAAGCAAUUAAAAACAAAGUAACGAAACAAGAUUUCAAAAACCAAACAAGUAAGAAGGGAAAACCGAACAUAAUAAAUUGUUAGAAAAACCAUGAAAGUGUAAACGCUAAUGGGUGUCAUGCAUUUUAAAAGCAUAGCAAAAGCUAAACUAUUAUAUUACCAACAAAAAGAGAACACAAAAUUCAUUAACUUACUUACGUAAGUAUGUUUGUGUGUGCGUAAAUGCAUAAUAUAAAAUAUUAUUAAAAUUAUUAUGUAUUUCAAGCAAAGAAUUGUGAAUUAGUAAUAAACAGAAACAAAAUGUCAAGCAAAAUGGUAAAUAAAAAAUGUACAAU